GGGGACGACCCUCUCCACUCCGAGAAUCGUGUUCGCUGGCUGUGAUCGUGUAGCGUGAGGAGCGGCAGCAGCAGCAGGAGCGCGGCGGCCGUGUGCUGCUCGUGUGUGCCAUAGGGACCACUGCCGGACACGGACACGACACGACCAUAGUAGCGCGCGCGUUCGUUUACAAGAUGGCAGACGACGGUCCGUCCGUGGCGGAGGACGCGACCGCGGCAGUGGCGACGGGACCGGGGGACGGUGAUUCUCGCGUGACGAGGGAGCGGCACAAACGCGGCGCGGACGCUGCCACGCCGAUCGUGAUUCCGGGGCCGUGCCUCUCGUCGGGUCAACAGGACGCCUCCUUCUCAUCCAACGCGAAGCGCGUCGUCGUCGGCGGCGGCGGCGGCGGUGGCGGUAGUGGUGUUGGUGUUAGUGGCGGAGGACACGAGGACGUCUCUAUCACCGCGUCUUCGCGCGAGGCGGACAAUCAUCGUGGUCACCACGAGCGUCGUGUUCCUUACCGUGUUCAUUCUCAUCAUCCUCGCCAUUCUUAUCGUCAUUUAUCGCCUCAUCAUUACCAUCGUCAUUCUAAUCGGCUUACGAAUUGUGACGGCAGUGACGAUUCGCUGUCGGCCGUCGACGCGACUGGGCCAGCAGCCGCGAGCGACGAGGACGAGGAGAACAGCGGCGGCGGUGGCGGUGGUGGUGGUGGUGGUGGCGACGGCAUCGGUUUCGCAGCGCCCUGCGGUAGCGUCGGCGUCGGCGGCAAUGGCAGUGGCAGUGUCGACCUGUACCACGGCGAUGUUAGAAUCGAGGUAGUCCGCAGCGUCGUGGCGGAGGAGGAUCGCGACCACGACCACGACAACGGCAGCGUCGGCGGCGUCGAUAGUGACUGCGACGGUGAUAGUAGUGGUGGCAGUAGAAAUAGUAUUAAUAGUAAUAGUAAAAGUGGUGCUGGUGGUGUCGCGGGAAUCAUGACCGGUGAUAAUAAUAACGCGGCGACGCGCGUCGGUGUCGAGGACGCCGACGGCACAUCGUCGUCGUUGCGACGCUCGGCGCCGAGCGCGGACAGUGCACCGGAAGUAAACGACAGCGGCAGACGGAGAGCGAGCGUCGCCGUCGCUACGAGGAAGGACGAGGAGAAGGAAACAACGAGAGUGGCGGAGGAGGAAGAGGAGGAGGAGGAGGAGGAGGAGGAGGAGGACGCGUCUGCGAAGACGAACAACGGCGAAGGCGUCGCCGUGGCCACCAGGCACCAGGGCAGCCCGUUCAGGGGACAGGUUAGGAUGCCCGAGGGCACCCUCGUCGGGCCUUGCAGCAAGAAGCGGUGCGCGGAUCGAUACGAUAGCUCCGAGAGCUCUGACAGUGGCGUUGCGGUGUCUUGCGGAGAAUGCAGCAGCAGCGGCACAAGCGAUAUCACAGAGCCGGGCUCGCCGUGCAGCACCAGCAGCGACGAGGGUGUAGCGAUCCGCGGCACGUCCGCCAGUCCGCUGCCGUCUCUGCCCAAGCUGGCGCCGUCAACGCAACUCGGUACCAGGCCCCAGUGGCCCUGGACCCCGCCGUUGGCGGCGACCGCCUGUUCCACCACCGCGUACAAAAGGCUGAGAGGAGAGCCCGAGGCUGGCGCCCUUCCGCGCUCCGGCGCCGCCGAUCCCACCUCCAGGGGGGCCGUCAAGGCGAACGGAAAGACCACGGGCGGCCAACACCACCACGAAUUACAGGGCAAGAUCACGGAGUACUUUAAGACGCAGAUUAAGCCACAACAGCCGAAGACGAAGAAAACGAACGAAAUGGUGCUGGUAGCAAAGAAUUCAUCGGAAUUUCGGAGGCCACCCAUGGUGCAGAGGAACAAAGGCGGCCUUGCUAAAUAUUUGGGCACCGUAUCGUCCAACACAAAUCGCAAUACUAUGACCAAUGAGCCCUGGGAAAUGAAAACGCUGACGUCGUCAUCGACGAUCGCGAAAAAGGUACCACUGGUCAUCGUGCCAAGGGCCAACGGUAAGAUAGACAAGAAACUGCCGAAGACGCUGCCAAGUCUGCCAAUCUCGAACGAUGUACUGAAAAAUCUACCCAAGAUCUCAUCCCUUAGAUUAACUUCGGACGCGAGUAUUAAUUCGACCAAGGGCAGCUCCCCGCCCGCUACUGCCGCCUCGUCGUUAUUAAGCGAGUCGCUGGACUUUAAGGCAAUCUUAGCGAAGCCACACAUAAACGAAAACAACAAUCUUACAACCAGCUGUGGAGGUAUCUUGGGUGCGUUAAGAUCGCAAAGCGGUCAUGAUUCCCCUAUUUCGAGGCUAUCUUCACCGUCAAAAGAGGACAGUAAGGACGAGGAUGGUCAAUCGGCGCCAGUCGACGAAGACGACGUCGAAGAUGAAGAGGACUCUCGAAGCAGCGAAUCGAAACCGUCACCUAUUCUUUCUGCACCUACUACUAUCCGGUUUCCGGCACGAGCGCCUGAAAAGGACAGACCGCAAGCUACUGACAGCGGAACCUGUCGCUGGGACAAGUGUGAAGCCAGCUUCGAGUCUGUGAGUGGCCUUUUGGAACAUCUACAGGCUGCGCACAUUAAUACGCAAACCGGCGGCGAUAAUUUCGUCUGUCAUUGGCAAGGAUGCAAGGUGCAAGGUAGGACCUCAUGUUCCCGACGAUGGCUGGAAAGACACGUUUUGUCUCACGGUGGCAACAAGCCCUUUCGAUGUAUUGUCGACGGUUGCGGUUGCAGAUUCAGUUCUCAGACCGCCCUCGAGAGGCACGUGAAUGGUCAUUUCAAUCAGCCGGAAACGAGCAACAGUAACGGGAGACGUAGUUGUGAGAACGGUGGCAAGCUCGUUAGAAGGAAUGGCAAGAAGCUUAGAUACAGGCGGCAACCUUGGUCUGCGAGACUUUUUGAUUACUUUGAUUCGGGAAUAAUGGAGGGUCUCCAGCAUAGGCUACUGGAAUUAGCGACAUCGAGGACACAAGGGCGACUAGAUGAAACACCAGGAAACUCGAUGGCACUAACUAGUCAAGUUUUAGCGAGGAGAGUCGAAUUGGACGGAAAGACGAAGGUGUUACUGCGGUGGUAUCCGCAAGAUAUAGAACCGGAUGAAUGGGUACUAGAAUCCGAAGUACAAAAAACGAAACACGUAACUAUUCGUAAAGCGGCCGCUAGUAACCCGGAAGAAGUCAGUUUGGCUCUCUAUCCCGCGAUAAGCGGUUGUACACCGCCGACGGUGCGAACAAAGCAACGCCGGAAGCCAGUAAAAAAUUCGUGAUAAUCGUCAGCUGGUCGGUCGGAUACUAGAAUUGACCUAACGAGUGCUGAUACCUGAACCAGAGAAGAAAGAACAGAGUGCUGCUGUUGAGCACGACACGGUCUAUAUAACGCUUCCUGGUCGGUAAAGACGAGGGCCGCGACGAUGCGACCUGAAAUACGACAUGAACGUAUCGAAAGAGACGAAGACCGCUUUAGGAGAUAACUAAUCUAAAGAUGAACGACCAAUCCUUAUAGAUUGAUUAGAAAAUAAGAGUCGUCGCGACGUCGAAGAGGAAAUCAUGCGAGAGAUAAAUAAAUUCAAGAUGAAUCGAGCAGUACAGUGGCGAUACGAACAAAGGACUCGAUAGACGAGCAUAGGGAAAUAAUCAUCCGUCCGCCGUUUUAAGGAUGAGAACAUUGCUCAGCAAUGAACAUCUUCGUCAUUAUUCAUCGAUGAAUACAUCCUACUAACGCGCUAAUUCUAUGCGGAUCCUUGCAAUGAGUACCUCGCAUAUUUCGACGCUCGUCGGCUUCGGAAGCGCUAAGUCUGGGCCUCGAAAGUGCCUCACCGUGGAAUAUGUUUUAUCCCGUCUUUUACCGCCGAUCAAGAUCCCAGGGACAGACGCGCGGUAAAAACGGUAGUAACGAUAGACAAAAAGUGAAAAAAAAAAAAGAAAGCAGAAGUAAAGAGCUUUUGCGUAUUUGGUUUUGCCAAAGGAAACAGAGGGAGUGCACAGACAAAUUAUUUAAGCGGUAGUUAACAAUUUAUAAGGAGAUAAUCACUCUGGUGGCCUUACGACUCAAUUAAUAUCUAACAUCGGCCCCUUGGCACUUCCGGGAACUGAUGGUAUCUUUGCGAUCUCCGACGAUGCCUCGAGAAAAGGAAAAAGAUUGGGGGAGAGGGGAAGAAGAUGCGUCUACCUCGAUUUACCAACUCGGUAGAAACUCGCGUCGGCUGUCGUCAUGUGAUGACACGAAAAUGAAUGAGAAGAAAAAAGCAUGGAAAGGAGGAUCACGAAUGACGCGAAACGGACACAGAAGACUUGUAUCGAGACUUGUACGAGGAACGAGAGAAGAUCGGGGAAAGAGGGUUUAGGUGAGGAUGCGAGAGUACGAAUGAAAGUGUAUAUGUGUCUGUGUGUGUAUGUGUGCGCGCGCGCGCGUGUGUGAAAGAGAGAUUGAGUGAUAAUGCUCUGAAUUCGCCGUUAUUUCCCUGAAUGGGGUUGACAGUCUCCCAGGCUUAAAAGCUCGGCAUGAAAUUGAAAGAUUUUAUCGGACGAUACGGAUGCCACCGAGAUUUCUAUCGAGAAUUAUUUCUCUCCGUUUUUCGUAGAAAUAGAGCGAUGUACAAAACAAAAUUAAGGAAAAAAGCGAUUCUCAAAGCUUGAGGUAUGCCCGAGCCCAGCUUUUGCAAAGAAACGCACACAGCGAGCUUGCCUCGUUUCUGCGCCCGAGACGUGUUCGAUUUCUCGUGUACUUCGCGUUAAUUUUAUCUUUCUGCUGAGUCUCGCGCAGCAUGUUGGCGUAUGCUCGUUGCAUUUAAAACACGCAAAAUUUAAUCGAGUACCAAGAUAAAUAGAAAUAACUUAAACAUGCUGCGCGACCGCAACCGAUGAGCUGUUACCCUCAAAAGGGGUAAAUUACAAAGGCUGUGUUACAUUUCCCACGGACUUGUUAAGUAAAGAAUGUUAAAGGGAGUGAACAAAGAACGCAAUGUGCACCGCGUUGCUGUUCUCGCAGUUCACACACGUGGCGCUUAUCGUGGUCGUAAAAGAACAAAUAAAUUUGUGACCACGAGUUCUUCUUGUGGAUGAUCGCGGAGCAGCAACGUGUGCGCGCGUAACGAAUAGAAGUUCAUGUAAAUUAAGGAGAAGAGUAUGUGUAUGUUGAACGAUAUCGAGAGUUGAUCGAGAAAUUGACGAGAGAAUGGUCCGAAUGGAUGAAUAAAUAGAAUGUGAAUGAGGAAUCGAGCGGCUGAAAAAAAUGGAGACUGUAUGAGACACACAGACAGACAAAGACGGAACGUCAUUACACACCAGCUAAGAAACACUGCCAAUAUAAUUGUAAUUAAGAGCUCUACGACAUAAUUAAUCAAUUAAUUAUUCUUACUAUUAUUAUAAAGUAUGAUUGUAAGUGUAUAACCGAAUAGAUCUCUAGCUGACGCGCGAAGAUGCAUGUAAUAAGAAGCGGUCGUUCCGAUAACGCGCCGUUGUCACGUCCACUCCGCGGCAUAUGAUAUUUUAAUGAACAACAAUUAAUUUUUCUCAAACUGCCCGUGUGUGAGGGAAUGUUCCGUGCACGUGGCGUGCACGGCGCGCGUCGCGAAGUCGUGUAGCCGCGAGUUGUAAAUACUUAGUUGAAAUUAUAUCGUAACGAAACGGCAUAUUACACGAACCCUGUACUCGUAGUCGCUUGCUAUUCGUCGCCGCUGAGGCAAGCCACCCGCGAGUAUCGAAAGUUAUCUAAAAAAUUAUAUCUCUCUGUAUCCGUUGAUUUUCGAGCACAGCGUUCCCGCGAGGGCGGCACGCAUAUACGGUGGUGGAUUCUUCCUUCUUUUUGAAAGAAUCGAAAGAUCGAUACCGGAUAAUGUAAACGCGUCACUGCCAGGAAUCACGCACUGCCAGCCAGCCCAGUCGUUCUAACGACACGCCUCUAACGUAGUAUCUCUAUUACACGAGCAUAUAUUCGUUCAUAUCGUGCUUCUAAGAAACGCGUCGUCGACUCUUUUCUCUUUAUACGUACAUUUACAUACAUACAUGCAUAGAUACAUACAUACAUACAUACAUACAUACAUACAUACAUACACAAAUGGCCUAGCCGCAGCCACCGUUCCCAGAUUGUAUUUUUCGAGUACAUGAUCGCCGCUCUUAAAAAAAGAAGAUUCGUUAAUAUAUAUUAUAAAUUUAUUUGAAAGUUGUAUUGUAAAUUAAAUUUGCAUUUGCGGAUAACAUCCGUGGAUUUGGAAAUAAUUCAUUAUUUGCGCCCUGAAGGUAUGUCAAUCUAAAUGGAGAGAUAAUUUAUUUUUAACUUUAGGCAAUUAAUUAUUUAAUUUAUAAACUUUUUUUUAAGACCGACGAUAUUCUCGAAGCGCUCAUGAUAUCGCGCACUGCCAAAUUUUAUCGAACAUGUGAUAUAAGGCACUGCCAGUCAGACAUACAAAACAGGACGAACAUGAAAAAAGAUAUCAUGAAUUUGCCGGGAAGUUUAUAACCGUGUUUCGAAUCGCUUCUGUGUUUCAUCAGAACGAUUCCUCAAUAUCAUACAAUGUGAGGAAUCGUCAUGCAUUUUUCGUGAUCCCGUUUUCGGGCCGAAACAUGACAAGAUAUAAAAAUAAAAUUUAAGAAGCAAAGAAAUUGCUAGAAUAAUAUCAAAAUGUACAAGUAAUACAAAAAUUCAAGAUAUGUUGCUUAAAAAAUGUUUGAAAGAUAAGAAUAUCUUUUUUUGUAACGUUUUUUUUUACAUUUUAAACGUUUGUCAUUUUCGAAUGAAGUGAAAUUUUUUCUUUAAUUCUUUUCAAUGUCGUCAUUUUAUAUUUCAUUUUGUGGCCCGAUCAUCCAUACAUUCAUUACCUAACUUUUGUUCGUUUGUGGUGCGAUCUCGCUUUUCCGAUUGUUAUUUCUCUCUUUUUGUCUUGCUAAUUUUCUAUCACACAAUCUCUGCUCAUAUAAAAUCAAUCGUCAAUCAAGAUUUAGGCAGGGGACCAAUUUUUUACAUGAAAACUUAUCUGCCACGUUUAGCACAAAUAAUCGUUUCACGAAACAUGUCUUUCUUUAUAACCGGCCAAUUAGAUUUAUGAUAACUUCAAGGCUCUUUAGUUGAUAAACGAAUAUUUAACUUUAUAAUUUUUAUUAGAAAGAAAAAAGAGAACUGAGCAGAGGUUUUAUUAGUUAUUAAGAAUUUUUUUUCUUUUUAUUUUUCGUAAUACAUUAGCGCAAAAAUGAGACGAUAGAAAGAACUUUCGGUUACUUGAUCGCGCUUGAUCUCGUGGAAUGGAAGAACCGUGACAAAUUGUAAAGAGUGAGAGCGACAGAGAGAAGAGUAUUCUUCAAAGGUCCUUCCAAUUAUAUUAUUUACUUUUCGUGAUGUAAAAUUAAAUUUGAGCGAAUCAGCAAUACAUGGAAAUCAUGAAAAGGUACAAUAUAAAGAAAUCAAGUUUCAUGAUAAUUUUUCGGACGUGCUCGGUAUAGUACCUUAGCGAUUCUAUUUAUGAUAAGUUUACUUGAGUUGCGAAUAUGUUUAGGAUGCUCUUAUAAAAUUGUGUAAUUGGCGAGUUAUUAAAUUAUCUAAUUAUUCUCUCGUGCAUUCUGCGUUAUUGUUGUAACUAAUCACGGAUAAGAGUUACACCUGCGUUCAUUGUCAUUAGCCAAAAAAACGAACCGACUGCAUUUAGUUAAAAAAAAUUUAUACGCUGUGACGUGGUGGCUGUAUUUUUUUGCACGUUGAAAUCAACAAUUGAACAAUUUUUUUCCCUGUAAAUGUGAAAGAUACACGUGGCCUUAGCCAUGGCAUACACAUGCGUAACUAGCAUCUCAUCGUUCGUAUUGGCCUGCUGACAAUUCUAAAUUAUCGUAGAAUCAAAAUCGAAUUUUUUAUAAUGAUAAUAAAGAGAUGGAAGGCUGAAAGAGAACUAAAGAAAAGGAUACGCGUCUAGCAUAAAAUAGCAUAAAAUGAUUUAUAUAUGUUUUUCUAGUACACAAAAUUUGAUCGGAAAUCAUCCCAUUUCUAUGAUUUCUGGUGUACUUUUUUUACCAAUAUUUUAUGUGUUUUUUAAAUAGAAUUUAUAUGAAUCAAUCCAUACGAUGCCGCGCAAUAUAUUAAAUAAUACAUGUUUAAUAAAUAAAGUGUUCUCUAAAUUUAGGUAUAUGUUAACGUUGGAAAAGAGAGCAGAAAAUAUAACAAAGUGAAAUAUAUGACAUUUAUUCUUUUUUUUCUAUCGUUUUUGGAAAGAACUUUGCGGAACACAUACACAUACCCACCCAUACAUACAUGCAUAUAUACGCUAUAGAUUUACUUCCUUUGAACGGUGCGUGCAAGAAACGGCGAGUGAAUGAGAGAAAGAAAUAUUUAGCUAUAAUUAAUAUAGAACAAAACGUAAUGGGUGCAAAAAAGGAAAAGAAUGAGAGAAAAGAAUGAAAGGGUAGAAAUGCGAGAAUAUGUGGAGAGGUACAGGGAAGUCUGGGCGUCAUAUUUUUGCAUAAAUUAGAAGAAAGCGCACAUGAAUAAAAUACGAAAGAAAUUUUGCCUGUGAGAUUCUCCUCUAUCUACUUAAUCACGACUUAAUUAUAGACUUCACUGAAUCUAGUAAUAAUAUGCGAAGUAUCUCGUUUUCAGAGAACCCUUAUAAAAAUGUAAUAUUGGCGUAAGUAGUAAUUAUUGAUUUUGAGUAUUAAAAGUAUUAAUAACAGUGCUUUUAAUACUUAAAAAAAAGUAUUAAUUACUGGUCAAUUUAAUACUGUCUAGUAUUACAUUUUUAUAAGAGAUUUUACUUCUUAAAUCCAUGCGAAGGAUUUAAGAAGCUUAAUUGCAUAAAUUAAAAAAAAUUGGUAAAGAUAACAAGAUCCAGAAAAAACAAAAAUUUAUUGCAUUAAAGUAAUUCAUCGAAUGUUAAUUAAUGCGAGCGAAUGAAAGAACAUGCAAUAGAUACUUUCGCGUGGAAUUUCCUGGAGUGUAUUAAAAAAGCCGAGAGAGCAGAUUUCUACGAGCACACACAGGAAAAUAUCAUUCUAGUGCUAAGAAAAGCAGUUACUCAAUUUUAGUUUUCUUCGUUUAUAAGUAAAGGUUUACUCUUGAAUAAAAAUAACAAUUUAAUUUGCUUAUUAUUUUGAUUUCGCUAAAAUUUUGUUAUAUUACUGAAAAGAGUAUGAAUUCUUUUUUGUAAUGCUAAUGAGUUUUUCUAAAAUUUGUGCGAAUAUUUUAUAAGACAAUAUCGAGACAAUAUUCUUUGUUAAAGGUGAUUAAAGAAACUUGCUUUAAGAAAAGAUAAAUUAAGAAAUCACUUUUCUUAACAGUAGAAUUUUUUGUUUCUAUGUGCACAUGCACAAACUUGAGGAUCUCACACGGUGUUGACGAAAGAUGGAACUAGACGAGAAUGUACACGUUACAAACGUAUGCGAGGGCUCUGUGUGGCUUUUCAGUUUUCGUCGGACUCGAUCGUCACUGUACGUGGAUGUAGCAGCGUGUCGAUAGAAGUUACAAGGCUUGUAAAUGUAUAAAGGAAAAGCAGCAGCACACCGGGAUCGGGAGAACCGGUCGCGGCGGGAUAUUGGAGAUCGAGAUGUAUAUCAUUUUCGAUCAGAUUUCUUUGUCGCGGUUCGGGAGUUAUGUAAAUAAUUGAAUGUGACGCGAUAUACAAAGAUCCUCCCGAGACAUGUGCAUGUAAGUAUAGCUUAUUACAGAUAUAGUGUUUGCAUUUAUUAUAAAUUCUAUGUAAAAGCGUGACAUGAGAGUUCAAGCGAUCGCGACGAGGGCCGCCUAAAUCCCAGUUAGCGAAACACCGUUCAUUUUGUCUAAUCAGUAUUAGAAGUACGUCUUUCUUUCUCGAUUCCAAAGAGUUCAAUAAAAUCACCGUGUAUUUUUGUUGCUUAUGGAGGCGGUUAUUUCAACUUCUUGCUAAACUUCUCAGGCAAGCAUGUAUCUAUCUUCAUUUUUUUUCUUAAAUAAAUAAGAACAGACACAUAUUUAUCCGACAAGUUCACCAAGAAGUUGGAACAAUCAGCCUUUAUUCAAUAUGUUAUUCGAUCAAUCUAUUCAUUUUUGUUUCUCUAUAAUCUAUAAUGUAAAGUGUAUUUUACGACAUUUUUAUUUUGUGCUUGCUGAGAGCCCUUUAACGGUUAAUGAUCUGAUAUUGAUCGCGGCUCCGCGAGAUUGCGCGGCUUUGAUUAGAGAAGUGCUUGUACUUGUAUAAAAGUAGGAAAAUAUAUUGCAUAGUUUAAACUAAUAUGGUUUAUAGUGUGUAGAAAGAAACUUGAAGUAUAUAUACGCGCGGGAAAACGACGAAAACUGGCGAGCCCACUUACAAUUUUAGCUCUGUUUUUAUCUCGCGAGCCCUACAGAUUCUCUUAAAAGAGAAGAGGGAGACGAUAUAUCACUACGCUAUGGACGGAGCGGCGAGGAUCAAGCGCGACUAUCAAUCAUUUAAAAUAUAUCGGUCCUAAUUUUUGGACCGAAUGAUCUCACGAUUUCUCGCCACUUCGUUGAGGUUGAUAUAACGUUUCUCACAUCUGACAAGAUUCGACAAGACUCAAAUUGUAUAGAGGGAACGAAAGAGCACGGUUGUUUCGCACUGCCAAAUAAUAAUAAAGGAAAAGACAACUUGCGUUCAUUGUGUGGAUCGACCGAUUGUUAAAAGCACCGCCGGUGUUCAUUAAUCCACAUAGUGGUUCUACGAGAGUGGAAAAAAAAAAGAGAAAUUUCGGUGUAAUAGCUAUGAGAGAAGCGCGCGCGUGGGAGCUCUUUCCCAAAUCCGAGCGAAUGAGAGACGAAUAAGAGAGAAAUAUCCAAGCGAACAGUGCUUUGUCUUUUUUGGAUACUUUCAUGUACAAACACGAAUGACGGUUUAUAGCUCAAGAACAGAACAUUAAAGAGAUAGAUAUUGUAAGAGAAUAAUAAUAAUUUCACGGUUGCGAUAUCGUA